AUGUUUGUUUAUGCAAAUUUAAUUGAAGGCUAUGUUUCGAGAACACGUGUUUCGGCUGUUGAAGUUUGGCGUAAUGAUAGUGAAAAUGGCGAAGUACAAGUAGCUCAUGGUAUCAAUAGUUGGCCUGCACUUCUUCAGCAACUAAAUGAGCCAAUACUUGAGCGAAGUACGAUGAUUGAAGGCGACGUGUUUUUAUAUCGUCAACGGAAGCAUCACAAUCGAGCGAUUCCGUUAAUGAGUGCUCCGCUAAGGAUGGCUGAUCGAAUAACAUUCAAAGAUUGGUUAAAAGAAGUGGCAAAAUUACGUAAAGUAAUUAAGAUAAAUGUGCGAUCAACAGCAGCUGUUCGGCCAGUCCUACAGUAUUUAUUUGCUGCCAGCGAAGAAAUAUCUUCGCCUGUUGUGCUGCAUGCCAAUGUUUUUCGAUCUCCGAGAAGUAACGAAGUGCCAGUAGAAGCAAGUGAAUUGGUUGAUGGUGCUAAAAAGUAUUUUCCAGAUGCAACAUUAUCAAUUGGGUGGACUAAAAGUAACCUUUCAGAGUUGACAAUCCCUCAGAUUAAUAUUGGUUGGCGUGAAUUACUUCAAGUGCUAGCAUUAAUAAAAAACAUUGAGCAGCCGCUAAUGUUAGCUAUUCGACUUAGCACUGCAGUAUAUUCUGCAGAGCAAAUAACAUUUCUAUUAGGUGUUCGUUCAACAAUUUCUGUAUUAAUUUGGAGUGAUGAGACGGAUUUAAUAAAUGAUUGGUCUGAAAUAAUCGCACUCCGAUCAGGUCCUUACUCCAAACGUUUGGUAUUUGAUCUGCACACCAAACACACAACUAUUCUCAAAUUACUGCCUUACUAUAUCAUUACAAGCGUGCCAGAAUUCAAUCGGAAUCGGUGGAAUCUAAUUGAAUUUCCAUCGGUAUGGAUGCAGUCUUCUGGAGCAGUAGUCAGUGAUGAAGGCAUUGCAUUUUUGAAUUGGCCAACUGCAUUUCUUAUAUCGUUGUUUCAAGCUCCGGUAUUUCCUGACAUUCAAAGACUUACUGCUAAGUUAAUAUUUGUGAAGAAAAAGCGAUAUAUGAAGGAUGAAUGGCUCAAAGAUAGUGGUUUUGUGAUUUACUUACUGGAAAAGGUAACUGAUUUGCAAUCGCCUGAAAUUAACACUGGUAUAAAGGUAUUCAUUGGUUACAAUGGACGUUUAUCAAUUGAAAACCGUGAGAAACAGCGUAGUUAUUAUAAUAUGAAAGCAGCUGGACGAGUGCAGAGUACUGGAAAUUGUUGCUGCUAUGAUGUUGAACUACUCGAUAAAGGAUGGCGAGUAGACGUCACAGUAACAAACGAUGAUUGUCGAGGUAGAAAGUUGAAAAAUCCAACAACGAUUAGCUUAGAAACUUCGCUUACAAAGUAG